AAACGAUUGGAUGAGCGUGUGCAUUUGGAACAGCAAUUCUACCUAUAGCAUAUCUAGCUACCGUGUUCUGUCCAGCGAUUCGUCCCCUUCCCCCCUAAGCAAAGGGUGCAUAUCCGGUUGAGCGAUUUAAAGCAGGAUGACUUCCUCAGUAAGGACGGCAUACUCGUCACUGGUGGUGUUGGUCGCAGCAAGUGGGAGCCGAUCAAAUGCAUCUACGCCCCUGCAAGGCUACGUCAAGCAUGUAUUUGGUGCUACGGUGGAAGAGGCAGAAAAGCGACUAGCGAGGGACACAGAAAAAGGACGACGGCUCCGCGAUUUAGAUUUAUUCUUGCGAAGUAAGAAGACCCAUGCUGAGCUCCUGGUGCGCUACAAUCCGACUCACGAUUUAACAGAGCAAGAACGAGUGCGUAUGACAGCGCGACGAGUUGGUUUGGACGUGCCCGACGAAUAUCGGGGUGAAAGCAAGUCAUGACCCGUUUUGUACUUUAUACAGCAACGUAUUCUUGCUUCCCUUUACUUCGCAUUGUGGGAGUCAUCGUUUUCAAGGAGUACAUGGUACGAGUACAUUGUAUUAUCGUAGAGUUGAAAGAGUCCAUGUGCGCUGGUAUAUGGCCGUC